CACUCAGCACGAAACCACGCCGAAAUAUUCAUGGCGAAAGCUAGCAUUUUUGCAGCUCUACCCCUCACCAACUUCAAAUCACCGUCGCUGUUCCGUGUCAAGAACUCUUCUUUUAUCAGUUUCACCGAAACCCAUUUUCUCCGACAAUCGAAUUCGACAGGCAUAGUAAGAUCUUCAACUCCAAGGGGAAUUGGGUCUGUCUCAUGUUCUUCGGUCACGGACGAAGCUUCUUCUGAAGAGCUACAAGUUCGAACCUUGACAUGGAAAUGGAAAGGUUACUCGAUAAGAUAUCAGUGUGCUGGAACCAGUGGUCCUGCCUUGGUCUUGAUUCAUGGUUUCGGUGCUAACAGUGACCAUUGGAGGAAGAACACACCUAUUCUUGGGAAAACACAUAGGGUGUACUCUAUUGAUCUUAUUGGAUAUGGAUACUCUGAUAAACCGAAUCCUAGUGAGUUUGGUGGAGAACCAUUCUACACUUUUGAGACAUGGGGUGAGCAACUCACUGAUUUCUGUCUGGAUGUGGUCAAAGAUGAAGCCUUCUUUAUAUGUAACUCUAUAGGAGGACUUGUUGGUCUUCAGGCAGCAGUAAGUAAGCCAGAGAUAUGCAGAGGGCUUAUGCUUAUUAACAUAUCCCUCCGCAUGCUUCAUAUCAAGAAACAACCAUUGAUUGGAAGACCUUUCAUCAAAUCAUUCCAGAAUUUACUUAGGAAUACCCCGGUAGGAAAAUUAUUUUUCAAGAGCAUUGCUAAACCAGAGACAGUAAAAAGCAUUCUUUGCCAGUGUUACCAUGAUAGCUCGCAAGUGACAGAUGAACUAGUUGAGGCAAUACUACGUCCAGGGCUCGAGCCUGGUGCAGUUGAUGUCUUCCUUGAAUUCAUUUGUUAUUCCGGUGGACCGCUUCCAGAGGAUUUACUCCCACUGGUCAAGUGCCCGGUUCUAAUUGCAUGGGGAGAGAAAGAUCCAUGGGAGCCAAUUGAACUUGGACGAGCAUACAGCAAUUUUGACGCAGUUGAAGAUUUCGUUGUUCUUCCUAACGCCGGCCACUGUCCUCAGGAUGAGAGGCCGGAGAUGGUGAACCCACUUAUUGAAUCAUUCGUUGCGAGGCAUUGAAAGUCCAACACAUCCAUCGGUCUUUGAUCUUGCAGAUUCUGUACAGAACACAUAUUGUGAACUGAACUCACACACUCACAGUUGACAGUUGUGCAUGAACUGUCAAAGGUGAGACUUCCUACAAGUGAUAAAACUGUGAUUGUAUCCAUAGAGAUAUCGACAAGAGUAACAAGCUCCGUAAGAGAAACAUUACCUUUUCUUUUUUCGAAACUCAAUGGGAAAUACAAGUUUUACAACAAAA